AUGACUGAACAGGUGCUGUUGCACGUGUUGUUCGAGCACGCGUCCGGCUAUGCGUUAUUUGCUGUCAAAGAGGUGGAGGAGAUCGGCAUGCUGCUGCCUCAGGUGGAGCAGUGUGUCCUGAGUCUUGUGAAAUUCAACAGCAUGGUGAGCCUGGCUGCCUUUUUUCCUUUUAAGUCUGCACAGGCUGCCCUGGAGAACAUCAAUGCAAUUUCUGAAGGUGUGGUUCACGCGGACCUUAAGUUGUUCCUCGAGACGAAUCUUCCUCAAUCCGGCAAGAAGAAAGCGACACUGGGAGUUGGAGAUGCCAAAAUCGGUGCUGCCUUACAAGAAGAAUUUGGUUUCUCCAUCCAGACAGGCGGCGUUGUGGCAGAGCUAACAAGAGGGAUUCGCCUUCACUUUCACAUGCUGGUAAAGGGACUGACGGCGCUUGCCGCCUCUAAGGCUCAGCUGGGUUUAGGCCACAGCUACUCUAGAGCCAAGGUCAAAUUCAACGUCAACCGGGCGGACAACAUGAUCAUCCAGUCUAUUGCACUGUUAGAUCAGCUCGACAAAGACAUCAACACCUUCUCCAUGCGCGUCCGCGAAUGGUACGGUUACCACUUCCCCGAGUUAGUGAGGAUCGUACCCGACAACUCGAUGUACUGCCGCCUGGCGCAGCUCAUCGGCAACCGGAAGGAGUUAACAGACGAGAGCGUAGAAAGCCUGGAGGAAGUGGUGAUGGACAACGCCAAGGCGCAGGCCAUCCUAGAUGCAUCCCGCUCCUCGAUGGGAAUGGACAUUUCCCCAAUCGACUUGAUCAACAUCGAACGGUUCUCCAAUCGUGUGGUGUCACUGGCGGCGUAUCGUCUGGAGCUACAGGAAUACCUGCGCUCAAAGAUGUCCCAGGUGGCUCCCAACUUGGCCGCUCUGAUUGGAGAAGUGGUGGGUGCCCGUCUGAUCUCUCACGCUGGCAGUUUAACCAACUUGGCAAAGUACCCCGCCUCCACAGUCCAGAUCCUGGGAGCGGAGAAAGCCCUGUUCAGAGCCCUGAAGACGCGAGGCAACACGCCCAAGUACGGCCUGAUCUUCCACUCGACCUUCAUCGGCCGAGCUGCGGCCAAAAACAAGGGCCGCAUCUCCAGAUAUCUGGCCAACAAGUGCACCAUCGCCUCACGCAUAGACUGCUUCUCUGAAUUGCCCUCUAGCGUGUUUGGGGACAAACUGCGUGAGCAAGUGGAGGAGCGUUUGUCUUUUUACGAGACCGGCGACCUCCCACGCAAGAACGUUGACGUGAUGAAAGAAGCCAUGAAGGAGGCAACGGAUGUUGCCGCUGAAAUGAAGCGGAAACUAGACAAGCAGGAAAGAAAACGCAAGAAGCGUGAGAAGAAGCAAGCGCUUCUGGAAAACGGAGAUGCAAACGGAGAGGUUAAUGGGGAGUCCGAGGUUCCGGCGGCUGAGAACGGAGCAAGCGACGGUCCUCCCAAGAAAAAGAAAAAGCGCAAGUCUGAGGCGGAGGAACCGCCAGUGCCUGCCGUAGGUGAGGACGAAGCAGAAGACUCAAACGCACCAGCCAAGAAAAAAAAGAAACGAAAGUCAGAGCCCGUGGAGGACGAGCCGGCCGAAGAGAUACCUGAACCUCCAGUGUCUGAAAAGAAAAAGAAGAAAAAGAAAAAUGUGGAGUAA